AUGGAGAUCCCAGUGAUCAAUCGAAUUGGCGAUUUUGAAGCCGGCAUAACCUCUCUGCAAAACCCAUCUUUACUUUCCCAGAUUUUUGCUUUAUCUGGGGUCGAAAAGAUUCACCAGGCUUACAGUUUUUGGAAGUGGGGAGCUUUGAUUCUUGCCCUACUCGCCUCUUUUUCCACCAUAAUCAAUAGAAUUAAGAUUCUCAUCAUUCGAAUUCAAAACCGUUAUUUAAUCAAUUCUGAAACUCCUCUCAUCACCGAUGAUGAUUAUGACUACGGCAGCGAAACAGACACGUCUUGUUCGUCGCUAUCAGAAGACGACGACGAAGCAGAAGAAGAUGAACAUGCAUCAUCGUCUUCGAAUUCACAGAGCUGGAGGUCCGUUGAUGAAGAUUUUAGUGUCAGAGGUUCCGGUUAUUAUGCUGAUGAUCAGUUGCAUAAUCGUAAUUUAAGGAGACGUAGAAACAGUAGCCUUGGAGACCUCUUUUCAUCAUGGUCUGAGUUCACAAAUGGGAAGAACGUAGUGAAGCUCUGGGAUAACUUAGGUUUAGGAUUAGGAUUAAGCCUUGACAACGAGUCAAGAAAUUGCAUGUCAGUUUAUGAUAUGAAUAAGGCGCUCAAUGUAUUUUCCAUUUUUGGUGAGAAAAGCGACAUUCCGGCAGUUUCCAUGUCGUCUUCGUCGCCGUCAGUGAUAGUUUCCGCUGAUACAAACGUGUCUGGACACUUAUUGAGGGUGUGGGACACUCGGGUCGGGAGUCGGAUCCCAGAAAUAAUUGCGGAGUGGCGGCCGAUGUUGGGAAAAUUUGUCGGAAUAAAUGCCGGCGGCGGGCAGAAGGUUUACGUUAGUGAUGACAUCACGGGGAGAUUAACGGUGGGUGACAUGAGAAAAGUUAGCUCACCGUUAGCAAAUGCAACGGAAUCCGACUUGGAUACGUGGUGGGAUGCUGACGCCGUUAUGAUCGCGAAAGAAGAGUCUGUUGACGCGUUAAGUGGUGGUGACUCGGUGUUGCGACGCGCUUAA